CCUUGUAGGUUGGGACAGUGAGCCUGGAUCUGCACGGCCUUGGGAGUGGGCCUUAUUGCAGACGAGCCAAGAACCGCUGGACCACCAGAGCCCAGUAUGAUGGAGUAUGCAGUGGAGAUUAUCAUGCCGUGGAGAUACCCCUGUCCAAACUAAGGGGGCGAAGGGCUUGCAAACUAGAAAAUGCUAGAUCUGAGCGAAGCGAGAGGAGAGAACAAGGCCGGCAACACACAGAGCUCUGUGUAUUCAGAGGGAAGUUGGCAGGGUUGUGCCCGGGCAGAGAAACUCCGAGUGGUACAAAGGGACGUGCCCGGAGUGGAGAAAUCAUGCUAAUUGUCUGCACCAGAGCUGGAGAACGCCACCCAAAAUGAAGAGAGAAAGAGGAGCCUUGUCCAGAGCCUCCAGGGCCCUGCGCCUCGCUCCUUUUGUCUACCUGCUUCUCAUCCAGCCAGUCCCCCUGGAGGGGGUGAACAUCACCAGCCCAGUACGUCUGAUCCACGGCACGGUGGGGAAGUCUGCCCUGCUCUCUGUGCAGUACAGUAGCACCAGCAGCGACAAGCCUGUGGUGAAGUGGCAGCUGAAACGUGACAAGCCAGUGACUGUGGUGCAGUCUAUAGGCACAGAGGUCAUCGGCACUCUGCGGCCGGACUAUCGAGACCGUAUCCGGCUCUUUGAAAAUGGCUCCUUGCUUCUCAGCGAUCUGCAGCUGGCGGAUGAGGGAACCUAUGAAGUGGAGAUCUCCAUCACUGACGAUACCUUCACAGGGGAGAAGACCAUCAAUCUCACCGUAGAUGUGCCCAUUUCAAAGCCACACGUGUUAGUGGCUUCAACCACUGUGCUGGAGCUCAGUGAGGCCUUCACCCUCAACUGCUCCCACGAGAAUGGCACCAAGCCCAGCUACACCUGGCUGAAGGAUGGCAAACCCCUCCUCAAUGACUCCCGAAUGCUCCUGUCCCCUGACCAAAAGGUGCUCACCAUCACCCGAGUGCUCAUGGAGGAUGACGACCUGUACAGCUGUGUGGUGGAGAACCCUAUCAGCCAGGUCCGAAGCUUGCCUGUCAAGAUCACCGUGUAUAGAAGAAGUUCCCUCUAUAUCAUCUUGUCUACAGGAGGCAUCUUCCUCCUUGUGACCCUGGUGACAGUCUGUGCCUGCUGGAAACCCUCUAAAAAGUCUAGGAAGAAGAGGAAGUUGGAGAAGCAAAACUCUUUGGAAUACAUGGAUCAGAACGAUGACCGCCUAAAGUCAGAAGCAGACACCCUACCCCGAAGUGGAGAACAGGAGCGGAAGAACCCAAUGGCACUCUAUAUCCUGAAGGACAAAGACUCCCCGGAGCCGGAUGAGAACCCUGCAACAGAGCCUCGGAGCACGACAGAGCCUGGACCACCUGGCUACUCCGUGUCACCGCCCGUGCCGGGCCGCUCUCCGGGGCUGCCCAUCCGCUCAGCCCGCCGCUACCCACGCUCCCCAGCGCGCUCCCCCGCCACCGGCCGGACGCACACGUCACCGCCACGGGCCCCGAGCUCGCCCGGCCGCUCACGCAGCGCCUCGCACACACUGCGGACUGCGGGCGUGCACAGAAUCCGCGAGCAGGACGAGACUGGGCAGGUGGAGAUCAGUGCCUGAGCUGCCUUGGGAGCCUGCUCCGGUUGCCCACGGUCUGCUGUUCGCAGCAGGGGGGGAGGUUGAGAAGUCCGGAUGCCGCUGGCCUAGGGCGAGGGCAGAUCGUGGUCUGAUCCCCGUUUAGGGUGCACACGUGUGUGAGCUUGCACAAAUGGGUGAAACGCUGAUCUCGGUGUUAAACCCCGUUGCAUGUGUGCUGGGUUUACUGACUGUGUUCUCUGGCUGUGUUCUCAGUGGGUAUGAGCUGUGCCCUCUUAGGACUACAUAGAUUAUUAAAUGUCCAGGCCAAUCCCCUAAAGGGUUUUCUGGAAACUAACAUCUGUAAUUUUAUCCAGUGAGACCAUCCUAUGAGCCCCCGGGGGGAGCAUUUAUGCUUCCCAUGCACCUCCCAGCUCCCCAUGCCUCCAUCCCUAAUGUCUGUGGUGCCUGCCACCCCACCCCAGCCCAAAUUAGAGGCCAUUUACCCACAAACACAAACUGUCCUUAACUAAAGACAAGUCUGAUGCUGGUUCCUGGGUGUAACAGAGGCCAUUCUGAGCACAAAGGAGUCAUUGUCUUAGAGGACCUUUUUGGGACACCCGGUUUCCCAUCCCUCCAAAUUUUAGUGAGGGUGAAUCCCAUGUGCAUUCUUCCUAGAACCCUGGGAACCUGGGACCAAGCAAAGACAAAAUAUCAGGCCUCCAGUGCUUGGUGGCCUCCAAUAGCUUUUCAGAAGCCUGACAUAUUGAUCUUUCUUCCUGUCUUUGUUCAUGAGAAUGUGGGUGGGCUUGUGCCUAUACAGCAGUGGUUCUCAACCUGAGGGUCGCAACCUCUCUAGGGGUCACAUAUCAGACAUUUACAUUGUGAUUCAUAACAGUAGCAAAAUUACAGUUAUGAUGCAGCAAUGAAAUAAUUUUAUGGUUGGGGGGGUCACCGUGACAUGAGGAACUGUAUUAAAGGGUCGCAGCGUUAGGAAGGUUGAGAACCACUGCUCCAGAGAUUUACAUGCCCGCUUACCACUGACCCAGAAAGCUGCACCUGGCAAGGACCUGAUUUUAACUAUUCACAUUCUUCUUCUUUGCUUUCUUAUGAAACAAGUAUUUCAAUCAUCCCCAGGAAGGUUGAGGGGCUUCCUGGAGCUGUAAGGAAGUAAGAUUCUGCUCUCCAGAGAAACACAGAUAGAAGAAGCUCAGCUCUCCCCAGCAUGUCAGGCAGCCAUGGCCCACCCCCUAGCCUCCUGCUUUCCACUGCCUUGCUCCUAGAUGCUCAGAACCCAGUGGACAGAGCCAGCUCCAUAAUCUGUACCAUCAGAAGACCAAGGGCCUGGGCCACGCCUGGGCCACCACUCUUUAGGCAUUUUGGAAGAAAGGAAAUAACCUACUGUGUAAAGACAGAAAGCACACAAAAGCUGAAAGACAAGAAGGUCCUGGAUGUUCUGCCCUCUCUUACCUGAUGCUGCCAAGGGACCUUGUGUCUCUUGUCCCUCCUCAACUCCUAAACUUCAGCUCUGCCUCUGCACCAUCCCACGAACAACUCCCAAGGCCCCCCAUAUCCAUCACCUCCGCACCAGAACACACUUUGCGCCAGCCCUGCAGGCACCAAGAUAUCCAGCUUGCCUGCAUCCCCUCACCUCACCAGCAUGUCUCUUAGUUCUCCAUUCUGAUGGUCUUCUCCCUGCUCAUGUGGCAGGCUGGUCUGCAGCUCUCCUUGCUUAGCCAGAACGUACAACCCACUAACCUUCCCAGCUGCCUCAUCCACCAGAAAAUAGUGCACCUAGGUGAUAGUGCAGGCAGGUUAGGAGAUGUAAGACCUGGAGAAGGGACUACCUUGGUCAGCCUUGAGACACAGGGGUGAGGAGUAGGGUGAGAUGAGAGCAUGCCACACCCUGGUGCUGUAUCCUGACAGGGCUGGCUUCCCAGACUCAAGCCAAAUUUGCCUUAAAUCGGGGGUAAGUAAGGAAGUUUUUGUUUGUUCGUUUGUUUUUAUUUUUGUUUUGCUUUGUUUUGAUCUUCAUCUUUGUAUUACUGGCAUCUGGCAGAGUGCGUAGCACGCCCUGGAUGCUCAAUAAACUUUUGAUGAAAUGAAAUAACUUUA